GGGGUCUCAGCCACCAUGAUGCAGAAUGUUGGAACUCAACUGCGGAAGGGCUUCGCCUCCGUGUUCUCGGGCCGUCAGUCCCGGAAGUCAACCUCCCGCACAGAGAAAACCAUGGCAGAUGGCGAGGAGUACCGGAACCCCACAGAGGUGCAGAUGAGCCAGCUGGUGCUGCCCUGCCACACCAAUCAGCGUGGCGAGCUGAGCGUCGGGCAGCUGCUCAAGUGGAUUGACACCACGGCCUGCCUGUCUGCGGAGAGGCAUGCUGGCUGUCCCUGCGUCACGGCCUCCAUGGAUGACAUCUAUUUUGAGCACACCAUUCGAGUCGGACACGUGGUGAAUAUCAAGGCCAAGGUGAACCGGGCCUUCAACACCAGCAUGGAGGUGGGCAUCCAGGUGGCCUCCGAGGACACUUGCUCUGAGAAGCAGUGGAGCGUGUGCAAGGCCUUGGCCACCUUUGUGGCCCACCGUGAGCUCUCCAAGGUAGGGAACCCCACCCCUGCCCACAGGUGAAGGCUGAAGCAGAUCUCGCCACGGACGGAGGAGGAGAAGACUGAGCACAGUGUGGCCGCCGAGCGCCGACGCAUGCGGCUGGUCUAUGCGGACACCAUCAAGGACCUCCUGGCCAACUGCGCCAUUCAGUAUGAUCCUGGAGAGCAGAGACUGUAAUCCAUGUAGUGCCGGCUGAGGAAGACACGGGUUGAGAGUGUGGAGCUGGUCCUGCCUCCCACGCCCAAUCACCAGGGCAAUACCUUCGGGGGCCAGAUCAUGGCCUGGAUGGAGAAUGUGGCCACCAUUGCAGCCAGCCGGCUGUGUCGUGCCCACCCUACGCUGAAGGCCAUUGAGAUGUUUCACUUCCGGGGACCCUCCCAGGUUGGGGACCGCCUGGUGCUCAAGGCCAUUGUGAACAACGCCUUCAAACAUAGCAUGGAGGUGGGCGUGUGCGUGGAGGCCUACCGCCAGGAGGCCGAGGCCCAUCGGCGGCACAUCAACAGCGCCUUCAUGACCUUUGUGGUCCUGGACCCAAAUGACCAGCCCCAGAUGCUGCCCUGGAUUCGGCCCCAGCCUGGGGACGGUGAGCGGCGGUACCGAGCCAGUGCCAGGAGGAAGAUCCGCCUGGACAGGAAGUACAUUGUGUCCUGCAAGCAGGAGGAGAUGCCUCUCUCUGUGCCCUGGGACCCUAGCAACCAGGUGUAUCUGAGCUACAACAACAUCUCCUCCCUGAAGAUGCUUGCGGCCAAGGACAACUGGGCACUGUCCUCGGAGAUCAACCAGGUCGGCCUGUACACCCUGGAGGAUGACAAGUACCUCUCCUUCCACAUGGAGAUGUUGGUGAAUGUGGACGCGGCCCACGCCUUCCUGCUGCUGUCAGACCUGCGUCGGAGGCCUGAGUGGGACAAGCAUUACCGGAACGUGGAACUAGUGCAGCAGGUGGAUGAGGACGAUGCCAUCUACCAUGUCAUCAGCCCCACCCUCGGCACUGACCCCAAGCCCCGGGACUUCGUGAUCCUGGCCUCUCGGCGGAAGCCUUGCGACCACGGGGACCCCUACGUCAUUGCACUACGGUCAGUUACGCUGCCCACCCAUCCUGAGACGCCAGAGUACAGGCGUGGGGAGACCCUCUGCUCAGGCUUCUGCAUCUGGCGCGAAGGGGACCAGAUGACCAAGGUGUCCUACUACAACCAGGCCACCUCGGGCUUUCUCAAUUAUGUGACCACCAACGUGGCCGGCCUCUCUUUGGAGUUCUACAACACCUUCAAGGCCUGUGAGAAGUUCCUUUUGGACAACCGCAAUGAUCUGGCGCCCAGCCUCCAGACCCUCUAGGCACCGCAGCAGCUACCACACGCCCACACCACCCCGCCCAGGACACCUGUACAGCGCACUGAGGAAGGCAGGGCUUUUAUUUCUUCCUCCUCCCCCACGGGAAGCCUGACCCCAGGGACCUCCUGUCCAGCACCACUGGGCCGUCAGUUUCUGCCAACA